AUGAAUGCCGCCAAUGAUCGCAUCGCUGAACUUAGGACGGCCUGUGCCAACCUACACGUCGAUCAAAUGGUCGCUCAAGAGAAAUCGGAGGUUGUCAUCGUCACCACGAUCGACCGUUUUCACCAUGUCUACUGCAUCCGUGCGAUGGAACUAGGUUGCGAUGUCAUUACCGUGAAACCAAUGACUAUCGACGACGAGAAGCUCCAACUCAUGACUGAUGCUGAAAAAAGGACUGGGAAGCAGAUCCGCGAGGUCAUUGAUUCUGGCCUGAUCGGUGAGAUUGCCACGGUUCAUAUGGACUGGAUUCUGGAUUGUAUCCAUGGGUCCGACUUGAUGCGUCGCUGGCAUCGCGAACAAAGAGAAUAG